CGCGCGCGGAGGCGUUUGAAUGGCUGUGAGUGGGGCCCGGCUGGGGCACCGAGGGACGCUCCGAGCUGCCGGGCGCGGUUCGUCAGCACGGUGGCUGGGCUGAGGCGCUGCGGUACCAUGAGGCGCCGGCACUUAAGAGAUUAUGGCAUCUGACACCCACCAUGUUAAAAAACGGAACUUCUUUAAUAGUAUUGAGGAUCAUCCUAUUGAUCUUCCUAGAAAGAGGAUCUCUAAUUUCACUAGUAAGAACAUGAAGGAGGUUAAGAAAUCUCCAAAACAGUUGGCUGCUUACAUAAGUAGAACAGUUGGACAAGCUGUGAAAAAUCCAGAUAAACUGCGGAAGGUGCUCUAUCACAGAAAGUUAGUUCAUCAUCCCUUUCCAAAUCCUUGUUAUAGAGCUAAGCAGUCCCCUGAAAGCGGGGGCUGUGACAUGGCAAAUAAAGAAAAUGAACUGGCUUGCGCAGGCCAUCUGCCCGAAAAUUUACGCCAUGAUAGUCGAACAUUUGUAGUUAACACCAGUGAUCCUGGUUCUUCACAGACAGAAAGCCCGUCAUCAAAGUAUAGUGGCUUCUUUUCUGAGGUGUCUCAGGACCACGAGACAAUGGCCCAGGUUCUGUUCAGCAGGAAUUUGAGAUUGAAUGUAGCUUUGACUUUCUGGAGAAAGAGAAGUAUAAGUGAACUUGUAGCUUAUUUAGUGAGGAUAGAAGACCUUGGAGUUGUGGUAGAUUGCCUUCCUGUUCUAACCAAUAGUUUACAGGAAGAAAAGCAAUAUAUCUCACUUGGCUGCUGUGUAGACUUACUGCCUCUAGUAAAGUCUUUACUUCAAAGCAAAUUUGAAGAAUAUGUAAUAGUUGGCUUAAACUGGCUUCAAGCAGUAAUAAAAAGGUGGUGGUCGGAACUCUCAUCUAAAUCAGAAAUUACAAGUGAUGGAAAUAUUAAAAUUUUAAAGCAACAAUUGAAUGGAUUAUGGGAACAGGAAAGCCAUCUUACUUUGGUUCCAGGAUAUACUGGUAAUAUAGCUAAGGAUGUAGAUGCUUAUUUAUUACAGUUGCAUUGAGAAAUUUCAUCUUCUAAAGAGUGUUUGGCUGUUCAAACAGCGCUGGAUUAUAUGAUUUCCAAAAGUAGGUCUCUUCUGAGAACUAUGAACUGUGGAAGAAAUAAAAACAUUUUUUUCUUUUAAAAAGCCACAUAAUAAAGCCACUAAUGAAAUCCUAACAAUGUACUUCACAUUGAAGUGGAAAUAUCCGGAAGGAGCAACUUCAACUUCAAUGAGGUGAAAGUGCACUAUGAAGACUGUUCGCCCUGCUGCACACAGAACCAUUAUGGCCGUUUCGUAGGGGGUUCAAGAACUUCUGGGUCUCAACUCAUUCCUGCAUAAGAAUAUCAUUUAUAGUAUUCAAAACAAGUCAGGACUUUUACCAGGAACUACAAAGACCAAUCGUUAAUUUUUGUUGUGUUUUAUGAAGAAACACUUAAAUGUGUGCAGCUAUUUCUUCUGUUGAAAGACUUCAAAAGUUUAAAACAUUAUAAUAAGUAAUAUUAAAAUUUUUUGUCCACACUGAUACCGUGUACAAAUGCCUUAAUUAUUGAUAAGCCAAUGUGUUAUAAUACCAAUAUCUCUUUUUAAAAAAUUAAAAACAACCAUGCUUCUGGCAUGAUAAAAUCAUGGAAUUAAAUCAGGGGUUUACAUUCAUGUAGAAUGUUGUUGUUGAAGUAUAUUCUACACCAUUUGUUAAACUUGAGAAAAUUUUAGCAUCUCUGAAUUUUUUUUUUGCCAGAAUCUUCAUGAUAUGUUUGUAUGAAUGUGUUAUUCGUAUACAAAGAAAAAGGUGAAUAUGUAUUUGUAUGAAUGUUUAACUGGAAAUGUUCUUGGAGUUGGCUAAUUUAUAUUCACUUUUUAUUGUAUAUAAUUUCUAAUAUUUUUCAUUUCUGUAACAUUUAAACUUCAUUUGAGUAAAUUUACUAAAUAUUUCUAUUUUUUUGCUUUUUCAAUUCUUAAUUUUAUAUGAAAUCUAAUUCUUUUUCACUACAUGUGUUCUGAAAAGUUCUAUACAUGUUUCAGAAUUGUUUACAAUUAAUGCUGACAUUGUACUUUAAGUUCCAACACAUUGCAUCACUACCUCCUCUAAUGGUUAGUAUGAAAUCCCAGCAAACUAUAUGCAAGUGGUUUUUGUUUUGUUUUAACCAUUUUUAGCAUUAGUGUACUCAAUUCUGGAAUACCUUAACAGUUCUGAAUUGUCCCUGUCUUAGAAUUGCUUUUGAAUAUCACUCCUGAUCCAUCCAUCAUCUUUCUUUAAAAGGCUUGCAAACUUCCAGAAGAGAUAAUCAAAUUUCUCCUCAUAUUCCAGUGUACAUCUUUAACAUUUUAACACUUAAACAGUGACUACUAAGAGGCCUCUUCAGCAUCUUUUCUUGCUGUGAAAAUAUUUAAAGUGUUACUUUUCACUGAAUUCUGGUUUUGUAUAGCUAUCAUUCCAGAUAGCUAUGUACUCCACAGGAUGGACAUUGCUUGUAGAAAUUGAUUAUUAUGUCCUCACUCCAGAUGACUGCAGUUUGUGACUAAGAGGUGAGGUAUGUAAGAAGUCCUUUUUCAGGAUGUGAGAAUUUCUUAACCUGCAUCAUCUCUGAAACCUUAAGACAGGAAAUACAGCCUGUGUUUCUUCUUAGUGCUUUUCUUUCCAUGGUCUUAUCGACCAUUUGGGCAGGUUAACAUGGUGUGGUGUGGUGCUCCUGAGACUAAGGAUUUAAGUCUGAUCCUUUUAAGUUCAUUAACUUUUCACAUGCAUGAAAUAAUUCCAUGGCUUCAGAUUGCACUUUCCCUUAGCAUCCAUCUAAUAAAUUUAAUGUGUGAUCUCAAAGGAUGUGGUGUGCAUAGUUUGCUUUCAUAGCUUACUUCUCAGAAAGAAUGAUUGAUUUGUAUGCUAGUAUAGAUUUCCAGUUUUGAGAAGAACAUAUUUAAAAUAAGAUCUCACAUACUUUGUAAUUUUUAGUUGCACAGUAUUAAAUAAUAUGGACCAAAUUAUUGACUAAACAGUGUCUUUUUUUUUAAAAAAAAUCAAAGCUCAAGUAAAUGAAGUAUCAAUAAAAAUUUAGUAAGAAACAGUGCUAUUGUUUUAACAGAAUAUCCCUAAGUGUUUGUCAUUUAUCCCUAAAUGUUUGCUGACGUUGAGUAAAAUGGCAUGCUCUGUUUUGUAUGCUCUGAACAAUGAAAGAAGCAGCCUUACAGGCUCAGUGGUUAAGAGCACUGGCUGCUCUUCCAGAAGUCCUCAGUUCAGUUGCCAGCAACCACGUGAUGGCUCACAACCAUCUAUAAUUAGAUCUGGUUCCCUCUUCUGGCACGCAGGCAUGCAUGCUGACAUACACUGUAUACAUAAUAAGUAAAUUUUAAAAAGAAGCAGCAGCAG